UAUUGAAAAUCAAAGUCCAAUCGCCAUGGCCGAAGAAGUGAAGCUUUUCGGAUUUUGGGCAAGCCCUUUUAGCCGCAGAGUUGAGGUUGCUUUGAAGCUCAAAGGAAUUCCAUAUGAAUACAUCGAGGAAGAUCUCUCCAACAAAAGUCCUCUGCUUCUAAAAUAUAAUCCAAUUUACAAGAAAAUACCCGUUCUUGUACACAACGGCAAACCUAUUGCAGAGUCCCACGUUAUUCUUGAAUACGUUGAUGAAACUUGGAAAGGAUAUCCUAUUUUGCCUGAGGAUCCUCAUGAGAGAGCCAUGGCUCGUUUUUGGGCUAAAUUCUUGGAUGAGAAGUGUCUUCCUGCGGUGAGGAAAGUAAUAUGGGCUGAAGAGAAGGAGCAAGGGAAAGCCAUGGAAGAAGCUUGGGAGUGUUUAAAGGUACUUGAAGGUGCGUUGAAGGACAAGAAAUUCUUCGGAGGAGAGACAAUUGGAUUGGUAGAUAUUGUUGGCAACUAUAUCGCCUUCUGGGUGAGGGCAUUUCAAGAGGUUGUCGGAAUUGAGCUACUGACGGUGGAGAAGUUCCCUGUUUUAUUCAAAUGGAGCGAGGAGUUUGUUGGGUGUCCCAUUAUCAAGGAAAGUCUGCCUCCUAGAGAGAAAAUAAUGGCCUUUCACAAGUCUCGCCUUGAAAGGGCCAAAUAAUUGAUUCCUCUAUAUCAUGAUUGUGUCAAGUUAGGGGGCUUUUCGUUUCUGUAAUCCCAAAUUUAGGAAGAUGUUUCAAGUUGUAGUUGCUCUGGUUUUUAAAGUAAUGCACCCCCAAAAAAAAAAAAUAGUGUUGUUCCAAUGUUGAUUGCAAUACUUUAAUAAACUACUUGAUUAUGA